GAAGGACCUCUAUAAAACCAGGGUUCAUCGCAACCGACGUGUAUAUCAACAUACCAUCUAGCCAUUCCCUUCCCAACGCCUGUUCUUUAUUAUCUUCUACCUCAGCUAACAAUGGUUGCUACAGAGCCCACUCUCGACCUCAUGUUCCCCCAAGACCUGAUCUCCGCAGAGGUCGUCAAACAGUUACCUCCCGGAUUGACCUUACGUCCUCUCGCAUCCACGGAUUAUAAACGCGGUCACUUAUCCGUGCUCUCCGUGCUCUCCGUGGUUAAUGAUCUCGGGGAGGACGCGUGGGUGGCACAGUUUGAUGUCAUGCGGGGGUUGUCCAAAACGUACUACUCCUUGGUCAUCGUUGAUCAGGCAACCGACAAAAUCGUUGGCGUCGGCACUGUCUUCAUCGAGCACAAGUUUUUACGGGGUUUUGGAAGCGUUGGUCACAUCGAAGACAUCGCUGUUGACAAGAGUCAACAGGGGAAGAAAUUGGGUAUGCGCAUCAUCCAGGCCCUCACCCACAUUAGCGAGAGCUGUGGUUGCUAUAAGACAAUUCUCAACUGCAACGAUUCCAACAUUACCUUCUACGAAAAAUGUGGUUACACGAAAAAGGAAGUUGAGAUGGUUAGGUACACACCAGAGCGAUCGCACUCGCCGAAACUCUAGACCAAUUCAUCUGUGCGCUGCAUAUCUACCGACAUAUUCCCCCACAUUUUUUCCAUCUUGGACACUUGACACACAUACCUGUAUAAUUAUAUAUCCCUCGAUUCCUCGGACUGAUUUCUAAUGGCACGUAAUCGCAUGCGGCAUAUCUGGUUUGUCCAAACGACGG